ACUACUGCUGCUGUUGCUGUUGCUGCUGCUCUUGCUCUUGCUGUUGGUGUUGGUGUCGGUGUCGGUGUCGCGGCUGCACUGAGGCGUGUGCUGGUGUGUGGGAGAGUGACCCAGCUUCACCAUGGCUCGAAAUGCAGAGAAGGCAAUGACUGCUUUGGCGAGAUUUCGCCAAGCGCAGCUGGAAGACGGAAAAGUUAAGGAGAGGAGACCAUUCCUCGCAUCAGAGUGCAGUGAAUUGCAUAAAGCAGAGAAAUGGAGGCGACAAAUCAUAAGCGAAAUUUCCAAAAAAGUGGCACAGAUACAAAAUGCUGGUUUGGGAGAAUUUCGGAUACGAGAUCUUAACGAUGAAAUCAAUAAGUUGCUUCGAGAGAAAGGCCACUGGGAAGUCCGAAUAAAGGAGUUGGGAGGUCCUGAUUAUGGAAAAUUUGGACCAAAGAUGUUGGAUCAUGAGGGGAAAGAAGUUCCAGGCAAUAGAGGAUACAAAUAUUUUGGAGCAGCAAAAGAUUUGCCAGGAGUCAGAGAACUGUUUGAAAGAGAGCCACCUGCCCCACCACGGAAAACUCGUGCCGAGCUCAUGAAAGACAUUGAUGCAGAUUAUUAUGGUUACAGAGAUGAAGAUGAUGGUGUCCUUCUACCCUUGGAACAAGAGCUUGAGAAAAAAGUUAUAGCAGACGCAGUGAAAAAGUGGAAGGAAGAUAAAGAGGCCCGGCUUGCAAAUGAAGGUUUUAAAGAGGAGGAAGAAGAAGAAGUGAAUAUCUACGCAGUGAAAGAUGAUGAGUCUGAUGAAGACGAUGAGGAACAGAUGGAAGGAGACGAAGACCAGCAAAAAUUUAUAGCUCAUGUUCCUGUACCAUCACAGAAAGAGGUUGAAGAGGCGCUUGUACGAAGGAAGAAAAUGGAACUGUUGCAGAAAUAUGCUAGUGAAGCUCUAAUGGCUCAAAGUGAAGAUGCUAAAAGACUUCUGGGACUGUAACAAAUUAUUUGCUUGCAAAGACUUGUUUUAUAAAAUACCACAAUGUAAAUUUCACAAGAGAGAUUGCAGACUACUUUCAACGCUAUUUGUACCAAUACCAAACUUCUGCAGAGACAUCAAAAUAACUUGAUUUUUGAUGUCUGGUUUGUUGGUUUCAAGAAAGUGUCAUCAACAUUUCCUGUAUAUAGCGACCUUUAUUUCUGAAUGAAUGGGAAUUGACCAAUUUUUGUUUCUAUAUUUUAUAGAUUGUGUUAUUAAAAUUGUAUUCUUUCAUACAA